UAUUAUAUAUUUCAAAUAUUAUAUUUCAAUUACAGGUAAAAUAUUUGCAAUGUCAGGUCCAAACGGAACCGGAAAGACCACAUUAAUGCGUGUAAUAUUAGGACAAUUAAAAUUAACAUCGGGCAAAAUUAAGGUUUUUGAAAAUAAACCUGGUUCAGUGGGUUCGGGUAUUCCCGGACCGGGUGUCGGGUAUAUGCCUCAGGAGUUGGCGUUAUUUGAUUAUUUCACAAUCGGAGAAAUACUUAAUUAUUACGGAAUGAUAUAUCACAUGACACGCGAGGAAAUUGACGAAAGCGUUAAUAAUUUACGAGAAAUAUUGCAUUUACCGAAAAAUUCUCGACUAAUUAGUCAAUUAAAUGGUGGACAACAGCGCCGGGUGUCGAUCGCCAUAACAAUGUUACACAAACCCAGACUCGUUAUAUUGGAUGAGCCCACUGUUGGUGUGGACUCUUUGCUCAGGCAUAGGAUAUGGCAAUACUUGAAAGAUAUGUGCGAGAAAUACGGCCAAACAGUGAUAAUAACGACCCAUUAUAUAGAAGAGGCCCGGAGUGCACAUAACGUGGCGUUUAUGAGAUCCGGAGCUGUAUUGAGACAAUCAAAUCCCCAACAAUUGAUGGAUGAAUACGAGUGCCCGACACUGGAGGACGUGUUCCUACAGUUGUGUCACUUAAAUGAUAACAACGUUGCUUUAAGUCAAGAUCUGAAAUCCAAUAACAAUACAAACAAUGGUUUAAACAAUAAAAUUUUGACAACAAGUGAAAUAAAAAUUUACUACAAAAAUAAUUUAUUCGUUGAUUGGCAACGAAUGAAAGCAAUGCUUAUAAAGCAAUGGAUUGCAAUUAAAAGUCGACCGUUAUUUGUGUGCGCAUAUUAUUGUCUGAUCAUUAUAUCUAUGACAUCGUUGCACUUGAUAUUUGGCCAGGAUAUUAAACACAUGCCGGUUGGGGUAUAUAAUAGCAAUCAAAUUGAUGUUAAUCAAACAUCAUUAUCCAAUUUAAUUAUUGAUUCAAUAAAUCCCCAAAAUAUGCGUUUAACUCAUUACCCGUCGAUUGAUAGCGCCGUUCAGUCGGUAACAAAUGGUGACAAUUAUUUGGCGCUUGAAUUUCGAGACAACUUUUCCGACAGUUUUGAGAUGCGAGUGACUGAAAUGUUUGACGCCAGCGAUGAUGUCGUUGAGCAAAGUCUUAUACAUCUAUAUGUAGACAUUUCAAACCCACAAAUGUACGCCAUGAUGGUUAGAUACCUUUUGGAGGGAUUUGUUAUAUUCAGUAAAAAAUUGGGCCAAAUUGUAAACAAUAUGAAUAUUUACGACCAAAUGAACGCAAUUAGAGUUAUCGAAGUAUUUAACGGCGAUUUAUGCAAACCUUUGGCCACAUUUAUGUUUGUCGGACCACAAUUGAUGAUAUUUGUAGAGUUUAGUUGGGGUUUGAUUCUAUCGGCAUUCAUCAUGAUAAGUGACAAAUCGUCAAACAUAAUGAACCGGGUGUUUGCGGCCGGUGUCACUGAGUACGAGUAUAUGGGCGCCCAUAUAUUCAUCAACGUGAUCAUUAAUUUAGUUCAGGUCAUAUGUGCGAUGAUUGUUGUGUUUGUUGCGUUUACCGUUCAACAAUCGGGAAGUUAUUGGGAAAUAUUCUUGUUUUUAUUCAUGGAAAAUAUGGCGGGCACUUUCAUCGGUUUAUUACUCGCGGUCAUUUUCGGCGAUCCCUUUUCAGUUAUAGUUUGCGUAAUGGGACUUAUAUUUCCCCUGCUAUUCAUAUCUGGUAUUUUUUGGCCACUUGAGGCCAUUCCUCAUAUGUAUAGGUUUAUAAACUACAUAAAUCCGGUGACCUAUCCCAUUCAAUCCAUCCGUAAUAUAAUGGCCCGUGGUUGGACAUAUCAACACCCAGAUGUUUACUAUGGUUAUUUGAUAAAUAUUACAAUUAUUGUUGUUUCAUUUCUCUUAAGUCUAGCAUUAUUUAAACGCAAUUCCAACAAAUAUUGGUCUAUUAAUAAAUGGUUAAAG